AUGGGUCUUACAUUCUCUCAACUACGCCGGAGAUCAUCCCAAAAUACUACACAGCACCAUCUGGUGGUCACACCUCCCGCCCAAGGAGGAGGAUCAAUCUUGACCAGUUCGUCUGAAAAAGUCUUCACCGUACUGAAUGAUUAUCUGAGCUUCGAGAAUCCACUACCGCUCGAUCUGGCGGUGGAAUCUCUCUUGAAGCUGUUGCCCGCAGAUGCUCCGGACUCGGAAGAGAUCUUCCGAUUCGGAGAAGAUUGCUUCGAAAUUGCCGAGAUGCUCUCGUACCAGUCCUUGUCUCAUUCGAGAUUGGCGCAAUUACUGGAGGCUUUGGGGUUAUCGAGUCAUUUUACUAGUCUGACGAGCGAGAAUGGGAGAGUCUGGCAUUUUGAACUGCUUCGAAGAUCCAUGCAGAAUUUUUGUGCAGGACCCGAGAUCGACCAUGUGGAAAGAUACGUCAACUAUAAUUCAUUCCUGGCUCAUCUUUACGACCAUCGCAUCUUCCCGACAGAUCCUACGUACGCGUUGUGGGCGAUGCGUGCGGCCUUUGAGGAUGACAGAAAGCACGAGUCUCGGUCACUUCGGAGUUCCUGGGUUUUAGGAGCAGCCCAGUGGAUUCUGUGGAAUGGACAGAGUCUGUUCAAGCUCGUCGUAGAACCGGCACUGUUCGAUGUGACGUUGGAGACGUGGCCGGCUUCGAAUCGGGAAGCGUGGGAAGCCGGGAGCUUGUAUGUUGGCACGGGGGGCUUUUCUCUGGAGAGGUGGCGGUUCUGGAAAACGGGAUUUGGUCAAGCGGCCGACGAUGAUGGUCUGAGUGAAGAAUGUCGAGAUAUCUCUCAGAGAGCGAUGACGUUGAUGGAGAUGUUUGAAAAGAAUAUGAUGUUUUAG